GAAAAUAAAAAGAAGAACUCAAAGAAGGCAGUGGAAUAUUUCGCGUUACACCCUCGAUUGAUUGAUUUCAGCGUGAAGCUAGAAAACUGGACAAAAUCAAUUAUUAUAUCACUGCUGAAUUGAAUAAUUGAUAUAAAAAUGUCGACGGAUGUUUCUGUGCCACCACCUGCAAUCUGGGCCCAGCGAAAUGACGUUAUUUACUUGACGUUAAAUGUAGAGUGCCUCGAUCCUACUUUUAAGUUUACAGAGGACUCUAUGUACUUUAAAGGUGUAGGUUUGCCAGAGAAAAAGAAUCUCGAGGUGACGAUCAACUUCUACAGUAAAAUCAAUCCCGAUAAAGUGGUCAGUAAAAACACCAGCCGGUGUAUCGAGUUUGUCAUAUCCAAGGCGGACACAAAUGCAUCCUACUGGCCAAAGCUGACCAAUGAUAAGAACAAACCGCAUUGGCUCAAAGUAGACUUCAACCGAUGGAAGGAUGAAGGUUCCGACGAUGAAAACAAUAAAGGAGACAACGGAUUAUCACUAGAGGACAUGUUGCGAUCAACCAAUGAAAACAAACUUUCCUUCGACGACCUCGAUGAUGAUCAAGAGGACUCUGAUGAUGAAGCGAUGCCUGGUUUGACAGAAGACAAGGAUGAAAAGGAGGAGGAAAAGUAAUGCCAAGUUUCCCUCUCUGUGUGUAAAAGCUGCGCUCAAUACGACAUGUAAAUUGGGGCAGAAGACAACGCAGUCAAAAAUAACCAUUGAAGUGUGUAAUUUUUAUUUAAGACGUAAGAGGGUAAGAAACAUUAGGCUGUUAAGAGUUUUUGGAGGGCAAAAGCUAAACAUAGAGCGAUUGAAAUUCGUGAAUGAGGCAAGGAUUUUAAGAGAAAAAAUCACAAACAGUCUGAGACAUUCGUAUAAAUAAAGCACUAAGAACAAGAGUUUCGUUACGAAUCUUACAUUUCAUUUUUUCUCUUACAUUGGAUUAUUUUCUGUUGUACUGUUCAAAAGGAAAAUAAACACAUGAAUAUCUAACAUGUUCAA